AGGUGGUCUUGGAAAAUCACAGGGCGGGAAAUUCAUUGACUGUAUCUCCAGUAUUUUCCUCGUCCACAGCCUCAGAUGAGUGGCGAUCGUGCCCGGUGCAUGGUGUUCUUCCAAAAAUCCAAAACAUAGUCGGAGUUCAACAGCCCUAAAUCACAAAAUCCGAUUAAAAUUUUUGGCAGGCGACUCAGCGGUGUAAUUCGCGGACGCUUUGUGUGAUCGGUUAUCGCAUGCGAAAAAAAAACAAACAUCCAAUAUGUUUAUAAACAUUUUAGAUGUAUUUUAGCCGACGAUUAAAUAUUAUAAUCCGUAAUGGCCCAAUUUGUAACCCAUAUUCAACCCACGCUGGUUGAAGCAUCCCAUCAUCACAUACCGCACCCGCAUCACCACAAAGACCAUCAUGAAAAACACGAAAAACAUCAUAAAGAUUCAGCUGAACAUCCUGCCUCAACCAAAGAGCAUCAUGGGAAGGAGAAGCAUGGAUCUAAAGCACAUACACCAAAAAUGAGAGAUCUCCUUGCCCAUUCUCCCCAGAAUUUCCCCAUUCUGCCCCAUACUCCCAGCCACCCUCACUUGGAAGAGCACGGAAAUGGCGACCAUCGUGGAGAUUCCCGUCAGUAUUUAGAUUCUCACGGCAUUCCGCAUACGUAUCAGUUGCAUUUCAUCGAUUCCCAGGGCAUUCAUAGGGACUACCAUGGCUAUGUUGAAGACUACAACGAAAAAGAACAGAGUUUCGAUCACGAAUACGAGCAAUAUUACGAAAAAGAACACCAAAAAGAACAAUAUCAUCACCAUUAUGAGAAACAUCACCGUGAAAUUGAAUAUCAGGCCGAGAAGGCUGUUCACGAGGAUCGAUCGCCUUUUGACAAAUCACCAUCCAGAGAAGAUAGAAGGCCUACACCACCCCAAUUUAUCAAUUUGCACACCGUCCACAACGUGGAGAAUAAACAGAGCUCUGACGGAAACACGUCCUUUCUGCGCGCUGCGCGCAAUGGCCAACUCGACAAAGUUCUCGAACAUUUGAAAUCAAAUAUCGACAUCAACACUAGCAACGCUAAUGGUUUAAAUGCUCUUCAUCUCGCUUCCAAGGAUGGCCACAUAGAAAUAGUUAAGGAGCUUCUCAAGAGAGGCGCGCUAGUCGAUGCCGCGACGAAAAAAGGCAACACCGCGCUACACAUAGCCUCACUGGCUGGACAGGAGGAAGUUGUCAAACUUCUCGUCCAGCACGGCGCUUCAGUAAAUGUACAAAGUCAAAAUGGCUUUACGCCGCUAUAUAUGGCUGCGCAGGAGAAUCACGAUAAUGUCGUGAGGUAUCUGUUGGCCAAUGGCGCGAACCAGAGUCUCUCAACAGAGGAUGGAUUCACGCCAUUGGCCGUUGCCAUGCAACAGGGUCACGAUAAAGUUGUAACAGUAUUACUGGAGAAUGAUACCAGAGGUAAAGUCAGACUUCCUGCAUUGCAUAUUGCUGCAAAAAAGGAUGACGUAAAGGCAGCAAGUUUACUUUUACAAAACGACCAUAAUCCUGACGUUACAUCAAAAUCAGGCUUUACACCUCUUCAUAUAGCUUCGCAUUAUGGAAACCAACCAAUUGCUAAUUUAUUAAUUCAAAAAGGUGCCGAUGUUAACUAUGCAGCUAAACAUCUUAUUACACCCCUACAUGUGGCAGCAAAGUGGGGUAAAACGAAUAUGGUCGCUUUGCUUUUGGAAAACGGUGCCUCUAUAGAAGCAAAAACGAGGGAUGGUUUAACACCCUUGCAUUGUGCAGCUAGGAGCGGGCACGAGCAAGUGGUCGAUAUGGUAUUAGAAAAAGGAGCUCCUAUUAGUUCUAAAACGAAAAAUGGUCUAGCACCGCUUCACAUGGCAGCUCAAGGAGACCACGUUGAUGCUGCAAGAAUACUAUUAUACCAUCGGGCACCCGUUGAUGAAGUUACUGUAGAUUAUUUAACAGCCCUUCAUGUUGCAGCUCAUUGCGGUCAUGUCAGAGUUGCUAAACUGCUUCUUGAUAGACAAGCAGAUGCUAAUGCAAGAGCAUUAAAUGGGUUCACCCCACUUCACAUAGCCUGUAAGAAAAAUCGAAUAAAAGUGGUUGAGUUACUACUAAAACAUGGCGCAAGUAUUGGUGCUACAACGGAGUCUGGCCUUACUCCACUUCAUGUUGCCAGCUUUAUGGGUUGUAUGAAUAUCGUUAUUUAUCUUCUACAACACGACGCUAAUCCUGACGCACCAACGAUUAGGGGAGAAACACCACUCCACCUUGCAGCAAGAGCAAAUCAAACCGAUAUAAUUCGGAUUCUUCUUCGGAACGGUGCCCAAGUGGACGCAAGGGCCAGAGAACAACAAACCCCUCUACACAUUGCAUCUAGACUUGGCAACGUCGAUAUCGUAAUGCUUCUGCUACAGCAUGGUGCCAAAGUGGACAACACCACUAAAGACAUGUACACGGCUCUACAUAUUGCGGCCAAGGAAGGUCAAGACGAGGUGGCCGGUGCAUUGAUUGACCACGGAGCAUCGAUUAACUGUACGACGAAAAAAGGAUUCACUCCCCUACAUUUAGCUUCGAAAUACGGAAAUUUGAAGGUGGCGAAGCUAUUGUUGCAGAAGGAAGCUCCUGUUGAUGCCCAGGGUAAAAAUGGGGUCACUCCUUUACACGUCGCUUCACAUUACGAUCACCAAAAUGUGGCACUUUUGUUGUUGGACAAAGGAGCAUCUCCUCACGCUACAGCUAAAAAUGGACACACGCCACUUCAUAUUGCUGCGAGAAAAAAUCAAAUGGAUAUAGCAAACACCCUCUUGGAGUACGGAGCACAACCUAAUGCAGAAUCGAAAGCUGGAUUCACACCAUUGCAUCUCAGCUCCCAAGAAGGUUACACCGAUAUGUCAUCAUUACUGUUGGAGCAUAAAGCUGACCCUAACCAUGAAGCUAAAAAUGGACUGGCACCUCUACAUUUAUGUGCUCAAGAAGAUCGAGUCCCCGUAGCAGAAAUAUUGGUGAAAAGUGGUGCUCACGUCGAUUCUGCUACUAAAGCUGGAUAUACACCGCUCCAUAUUGCUUGCCAUUAUGGACAAACCAAUAUGGUGCGGUUCCUAUUAAAGAAUGGAGCCAGUGUUCAAAGUCCUACAUCUCUUGGAUAUACUCCUCUUCACCAGGCUGCCCAACAAGGUCAUGCGAAUAUCGUAAAUAUCCUGUUGGAGAACAAAGCUGAUCCUAAUGCAGUAACAACGAAUGGACAAACUCCUUUGAAUAUCGCUCAGAAAUUGGGUUACAUUACUGUAAUUGAAACUCUGAAAGUAGUUACUACCGUAACAAAUAUCACGACAACCACCACCACCACGGUAGAGGAAAAAUACAAAGUUCAGGCACCAGAAGCAAUGCAGGAGACCUUUAUUUCGGAUUCAGAAGAAGAAGGUGGUGAGUUUUUACUAAAUUAUGUGUUUGUGGUGCUGCAUGACUUUAUGUGA